AUGCCAUCGAGCUUUGCGUCGGCAGCGGCGGGCCAAGGUUCGAAUCGCGAUUCUCGAAGCGGGAGGGGCGACGGACGAGGAAGCGGGGACUGGGCUCGUAAAGACACUCGACCAGCAAACGGCACCCUAACCCUCCGAAGAGCAUCUACCACGCCGUUUGCGCAAGCAUCAUCUCAGGGAGAUGCGCCAUUACCUACACCUGGAGCGGAUGCACAAUCCAUGCAGCAAUCAUCUAUGUACGAACAGUCAACAGAUACACGCUACUCAAAGAGUCAAUUGUUAGAUAUUUUCCGGUCGCAAGAGGAGAUGGGUGCUUUGCAAGGAGAUGUAUCGCGACUCUACGUCGACAGCUGGAACCCUGAACACUCAAAUGGCGCAAAUGGCCGAACCGGUUGGGGGAAAAGCAUUGAUGGAAGAGACACUUACGGACCUGAAAUCUGCUGGGAUACUAGUGGACAGAUCCGCCCCGUGGGUCUCGAAGAAAUGUCGGAGCAGGAAAAAAUUCUUUUCUCUGGCGAUGUCAACUCCCCACUGAAGCCCCCGCCGCAAAAUUCGAACAAGGACUCCGUUACUCCUGGCCUCGGUGCCAACAGUCGCAAAACCUCCAUUUCCCACGGACAAGGCGCAGGUGCUUUUGGAUUAUCUUCACCCGUCUCCAACAGGCCUAUGGCGCGUCGCCAGCAGACAAGCGAUUCGAUCGGAGGAUUACCCUCUCCCGCCGGCACCGGUCGCUUCUCCCGCGAGGACGCUUCUCCAUUUUUUGCACGGAAAUUCAAUGAUUCCAAAGACAUGUCGGAGGAUCGCGCCGAGGAAUCGAAAAGCAAUCUACCUUUCGGGGGGCUGAUGCGUAGCAAUACAGGAGGUAGUGCUUUUGGUAACGGUCCAGCGUCGCCAUGGGGACCUCCUUCAGCAACUGCCGCCAUGACGCCGAUGGGGAAUUUUGGCAGUUUUGCGCUCGGUGGACCAUCUGCCAACCCGCCCACUCCAGGGGAGAAACGGCCUACCUUUGGGAGGGGAGAAAGUCGACUUGCGCAUCUCAUGCCGAAGGACAGUUCGGAUGACUUGUCAUCUAAGGUUGCUGAGCGGUCAUGGAGACCUUCUGGAAGGCAACGUACCGACACAGAUCCUUUCGGCGAUGAUCCUCCCACUGGAAGUGCUGCUUUAGGCGGCGGCCAAGACAACAGUCCCCCAAGUCACCGUGCUGGUGGACUCGAUACUCCAGUUCGUGGCGCUUCAAGUGAUUUUGGGAUGUCCGAGUUGCAGAGUUUCCGUGACGCACAACAACGUGCACAGAGCCACCAAACGCCGCAAAACCACCAGAAUCGUCGGGAGGAGAAUGAACCAUUGAGCCCAUCAGAAACUAAUCCUUACCGCAGUCCUCCGGAAGAUAGACACGACAACAAUGAGAGCUCUUUUGAGACGGAGCAACAACAGCCGAAUCGCUUGCAUGGCUUGGGCGGAAUACCCGAACAUGGAUUCAAUUCAUUCGCUGGAUUACCACGUGGAUUCUCGAAUGCAGCAUUCGAUGGAAGUGAUCGCAGUCAAACAUCGAGCGUUACUGGGUCUAAGGGUUUUCCUUCACUAGGAGGGUUAGGAUCUCUCAGCAAUUUGGGCGGCAUGGGAGGCUGGCCAACGAGUGCUAAUCCUGUUGGGACACCAGAUCGCGAGAUUCGAGGCAACUUUCCAAGUGCUUUCGGAAACUCUCUCUUUGGACCCAUGGGUGAACUACAAUCGCCUAGUCUUGGAAAUCUCGGUGUUUUUGGUCCUGGUGCUUCUGGAAAUGUCUCUGCCAGCAACACGGCUGGCCGGGGUAGUAAGCUGGGCUCUUUAUUUCCCGCCGCCAUGCAAGCUCAAAUGCAGACGGCUGACACCGAUAACUCUGGGGAAACAAGUGAUAGCAGACAACAGGGUGUAUUUGGAGCAAUUGGCCGUAACGCUUUUACCCCUUCGCGGGAAACUGGCAGCCCAAUGAGAACCGGUCGUCAUCCGUUCGAGGACCUCUUUCCUCCUCCAUCUGAUAACGCACGGGGACAAGGCUUGUUCUCAUCAUCUGAGAUGGCUCCCGGCCAAACUGCUACAGCGUUCGGCCAGACCACUUCUGCCCAGUCUGGUUAUCAACAAUCACAGGGGUCUUCAGACUCUGCGUCAAACCCUUCUAGUCAACUGCCAACCGCUCAGCAACGGAUGAUGGUUAUGCCUGACAGGAUGAGAUGGGUUUACCUUGAUCCCCAAGGUCAUGUGCAGGGCCCUUGGUCUGGUCUCGAAAUGCAUGACUGGUACAAGGCUUCUUUUUUCACUGCUGAUCUUUCUGUUAAAAAGGUGGAGGACGCCGAUUUCGAGCCUCUUGGGCAACUGAUUCGAAGAAUCGGAAAUUCUCGCGAACCUUUCCUCGUUCCUCAGAUUGGUAUCCCUCACGGAGCACCCACUAUUCCAACUGGAAACACUUUUACCCCGGCAGCAAAUACACCUGGUAACAAUAAUGCGGCUCAAUCUGGAUCGGUUCAGCCACCAUUUGCUGGCGCCUUUCCAAGCUUUGGCACUACCCUCACUGCAGAACAACAAAACAACCUAGAAAGGCGCAAGCAGGAGGAACAGUACCUUAUGGCUCGUCAAAGGGAAUUUCUGGCUCAACAGCAAGUCAACAUGAAGCAGAUGCAACUAGGCGGUCUUCCCUCCUCUCUGCACCACCACUCAAGCGCUCACAGUCUUCAAAGCCAGCCCAGCUUUGGAAGCAUAUCCUCUCCGAUUGGAAUGCCCGGACAACCUCCGCUUCCAACUGGGGUUUCGGGGUUUUUCGACCAGGUUAGACAAGUUCCAGGCCAGAGUGGACGAGGAGAGCAGAAUUUCCUUGAGGAAGAGAUGGCUCGUAUGGAGCUCGAACGUCAAAAACUGUACCAAAUGGGGGCCCCUGGGGGUCAAUCAUCCAGUCACGCCUCUCAAAUUGCAGCCAUAUUUGGGCAACAGCAAGCUCCACCGGCUGAGCAGAACGACCCUCAGGGCUUCAAAGCCAGACUUCGCCAGUUUGAACAGCUGCGCGAGGAACAUGAUAUGGAGGAAGCUCAAGCUGCAGGCAACGCGACUAAUAAUCCAAUCGGCCCGCCUCAACAGGUUGCUCCCGAGAUGCGUCAGGAGCCUGAAAGUAUUCGAGAGGAAGAAGAGUAUGCUUCCGAGGCUCAACAGCCAGAGGUAUUGUCCAUGACUCAACAGGUACAAAAAGCAGUUUCUGCAAAGCAUUCGCCAAUUACAACCCAGCCAGAAUCACCAUGGGGUAAAGUCAACACCAACCUUCCAAUGCCAUUUCCUCCUCCACCACAAUCAACCACCCCACUGCCCGCACCUACUGCUCAGCGAGGUCGUUCCAAUUUGCCAGACACAUUGAACGCAGAAACCAGAUCUCGUUCCGAAACACCAGAUACGGCAAAUGCUCCCUCGCUUGCACCAUGGGCUAAGGAAUCCAUCGAUGCUCCAAAACAUCAAUCUUUGAAGGAAAUCCAAGAAAUGGAGGCAAAGAAAGCGGCGAAGGCUGAGGAAGCUGCUGCUGCACAUCGUCGCCAGCUUCUCGAGCAAGAGAUGAAGUUGUUGAGUGCUCAACCAGCUGCUCCGGCUCCUGGGCUGCCAACUACAUCCACCUGGGGCAAUACCGCUUCACCGACAACCUCUGGAAAUGUUGCAUCGGCCUGGGCUAAACCCACUGUCGCUUCAAAGGCACAAGCCUCUAGCAGCUCUGCUGCUUCCAAGAAAACUCUUGCUGACAUUCAACGCGAGGAAGAGAAUCGUAAGAACAAGCUUGCGGCCGCCGCGCUUGCAGCUCAACCAGCCCCUACUGUUUCUGGAGGAAAACGCUAUGCCGAUCUUGCUAGCAAGGCUUCUGCAGCACUUCCGCCAAUGGGGUCUGCCUGGUCCACCGUUGGUGCUGGUGGUAAGGUCCGCGUCCCAACUGGACCAGCUUCGGUUGUUCCUCCACCACCCACUUCUCGUGCCGUCAGCAGCGCCAAUAUUUCUGCUUCAUCUCGUACUGUACGACCUGCUGCUGUUUCUCGCAGUGUUACUUCAAGCGCUUCAACUGGUGCUACUUCCGCCAAUGAAGAGUUCACUAAAUGGGCUAAGGGUUCUCUCGCAAAGGGCUUAAACUCUGAUAUUAAUGUUGACAGUUUCAUUGGUAUGCUUCUGGCUUGUCCUGCUGAGCCGUCCAUCAUCGCCGAUGCAGUCUACAGCUCUUCUCAACUUAUGGACGGUCGUCGCUUUGCCGAAGAAUUCCUUCGUCGUCGCAAGCUCGCCGAAAAGGGAGUCGUUGAGCCAGCCAACACUGGAUCUGGAACAUCAUUCUCCACUGCCGGCGAGAAAUCUAGCGGUGGAUGGAGCGAAGUCGCCAAGAAGGGACCACCAAAAGAAGAACCAGCCGCCACUGGUUACAAAGUCGUCCCAAACAAGAAGAAGGGAAAGAAAUGA